AUGAAGGGAAAUCCAGCUACACAACUGGGUUGUUGCCACAAGACCCAGGCCCAGGGGGGCACAUGGGGCUCCCCAAGCCAAGACUUUCAGCUCUGCCAAGGGGACCAGGUCCUCUCAGCCUGCAGACCACUUCCACAAGUGGAUGCUCAUGGCCCAUCCUAUAUAAACUGGCUGUUCUCCUUGCCACUGGCACCAGCCAGGUGUAACCUGCUGACUUGCUCCCAGAGCCUGGACCUAUACCUGUGCACCCUGCAGCCAGUAUCCCUGGGCACAGCCCCACAAGGUCUCAGAGAGGAUGUCUGGAGCAUGAAGCACCAGCCACCAAGGCUGCCUGGCAGCUCCGCUGAUGACAAGAAGCUCACAGCCAAAUAUUCACCGAGCAGGGACAAGAUGGGGAGCCAGGCAGAAAGAGCAGGCCAAGGGGCCACUUGCCCACUCUUCCCUUCUAACAACAGCACCUCCCCAACCCCCCAGCUAAAUAGAAAGAGCCCUAGCCCCUUGGCUUUCUGCCCUUGCCCUCCUCUUGUCCCCAUCUCUAAGGAGCAACCAUCUUUCCUCCACCCUUUCUAUCCUGGGCACCCACUUCUUCUGCCUCCACCUUACCUGUUCACCUAUGGGAUCCUACCUCCUGGUCAAUGUCCCUAUCUCUUCAUGCUGCCCCAAGACACCACCACAACUGCAUCCAGCUUGUUGAUGAGGGCCAAUGAGCCUAGGUAUCACAACACCUGGGGAGAGACCCUGCUUCUCUACCCAGGGGCCUUCCAAGCCUCUAGCCACACCCUGCCCUCCCAGGCUGGGGAGCAAUGCCCCAGAGCUGCCUGGGUCUCCCCAGGGCUAGGACGAGCUAGCCUGGUGUCUCCAGCAAAGCGGACCCCACCAGCCUCCCGGGCUGGCACUGAAGCACUUCCAUACCCGCUGAAGAAAAAAAAUGGCAAAAUCCUGUACGAGUGCAAUGUGUGCGGCAAGAGCUUUGGGCAACUCUCCAACCUCAAGGUCCACCUGCGUGUACACAGUGGGGAGCGUCCAUUCCAGUGUGUCCUGUGCCAGAAGAGCUUCACCCAGCUGGCCCACCUGCAGAAGCACCGCCUGGUGCACACUGGGGAGAGGCCCCACAUGUGCCUGAUGUGCCACAAGCGCUUCAGCAGCUCCAGCAACCUCAAGACCCACCUGCGCCUACAUUCAGGAACCCAGCCCUUCCAGCCUGGUGUCUGCCGGAGUCGCUUUGCCCAGCACAUUCACCUGAAGAUGCACCAUCGUCUGCAUGCCCCACAGCCCUGCGGACUAGCCCACACCCAUCUGCCCCUGGCCUCUCUCUCCUGCCUUACCCAGUGGCACCAAGGAGCACUUGAUCUUGUUGCAGUGCCUUCAGAGAAGCCGAAGGGCUGGGAUGUGGGCAAAGUCAAGGUGUCCUCUGUAUUGGGGAAUGCACGGGCAGCCAGCCUGAGCAGUGCGCCACUUAGCGCAGGUGCAGCUUUCCGGCUGCGCUCACUCGUUGCUCCCACCCCUCUCCCACCAAGCACCUUCAGAGGCUUGAAAGUGCAGAUGGAGCAGAGAGGCCUGGGCAACAUCAGAAUCAGGUCCCCGUCACCAGCCUGUGUGGGCGGGGCCGCUGUUUGCUCAGGGGGGCGGGCCGGAGGAGGCGCUUUGCCACCUGUGCAGCGGAUCCGGGUGGCCCCCACUGCCAAGUGUCCCGACAGCCCAAGCCCAGGUCUUGGCCUCGUCAUGACCAAGCGGCGCGGGGGCCUGGGGACCCGCCUGGCCCGCCUCCUGGCUGGACUUGGGGUCCGGAGAGAGCGCAGGGGGAAGGAGACCUCAGAGGAGGCCAGACACCGAGAUAGGCCCUGGGGCGGCCAGAGCUGCCCUGACCUUGCCCAGGGCCAGGGCAGCACCAGCGAUGUCAGGCUCAAGGUUCAAGUCCAGAGCCAGUCAGAAUGGGACCUUCGGGAUGGGAGUCGUGGUGGUUUCUGGAUUUGGAAUAGACCACACAUCUCAGGAAGAUCCACUCAGUCCCUGGGGCGCCUGCAGAGGCCAGCUGUGGGCAGUGCCUGUGACCUGGCCAGUCAUGCCUCCAUGGGAAAUGAGAGCCUGGCACCAGCAGUGGAGCCUGCUGGGGCCAAGCACCCCUCCUGCCCAGAGCCUGCUCCUCAAUGUUUGGAACAGGGAUCCCCAGGCUAUGCUAGCCAGCAGCCCUUCCCCACUGCACCAGAGGUCCCUCAGAAGCCUGAGACAUGCAACCUGGGAAACACACCCCUGCCACACUGCCCCAUAUCCUUCCCCAUAGCAGAAGGGGCAAAGUGCGAGUCUGACAACCCAGAGCCAGCCCCGAUCCAACAUAAACGUCCUUCCGCCAGGAAGACCCACUACCACAUUACUGUCACCCUGCAGGGGUGCAGGCAGGCACCUGGGGAGGAGGGCCAGGAACCGGCCAGACCAGCUUCCCACCCCUGCAGCCCUGAGGAAUCCAGGGGCUGGCAGGAACCUCCCCAGGGGCCCCGCCCCAUCACGGGGUGCCUGACAGCCCCACCCUGUGAGCCCUGGCUAAGAGCCCCACUGCAUCAGGGGAGUGUGGCCCAGCGGCAGGAGCUCCAGGCCCACCAGAAACCUGGGACCCCACACAGCUGGUGA